UAAUGCUCACCAAAACAAACGAAGAAGAGUAAUUACUUCCGGGGUCAGCUCUCUCCAUAUUUAAACAAGUUGUUGGAAAAACAUGUUGUAUUCCACGUGGAGUUAAACUUUUAUUUUAUUUUUACCAAUUCCAAUGAGUUCACAAAAAGGUAACGUUUCUCGAUCGCGAGGACAAAAGCACCAAAACAUCACUGCCUACAGGAACGACCGAAAUGGAGCGUCUACACAAGUAAAGAAGGCAAAGUCCAAGAUCCACGAUGGACUCUGUCAACACUGCAAGGGUGUUCUCGAGUGGAAAGUAAAGUACAACAAAUACAAGUCUCUAACACAACCCCGGAAAUGUAUCAAAUGUUGUCAGAAGACGGUGAAGGAUGCGUAUCACAUCAUUUGUAAGCCAUGUUCCCUUCAGCUUGACAUGUGCUGCAAAUGUGGAAAGAAAGAGGACAUUGUCAUCCCAGUUAACUCUCAUUUGGACCAAGAAGAAAAGGAACAGGAAGACCUCAAAGACGGAGGCACAACGUGCAGAAAGAAGGACGUGGGUACCUUGGACAGUGAUGAGGAUGAUGAGGAUUUCGGUGAUCUUGAGGAUGAUGACGACUGUGACAGUAAUGUAACACCAAAGGAGACACACAACAAGUGCGCUCCACUUCCCGAUAUGUCCAGAGUGAACGUUACAGAGUAAAGGUGAUUGCGCUAACUGGACGGGUGGACCCUUGGGCAUGGAAGUCAUCUGGUAGGCAUGCAGAAAUGUGGUUGCACUGUCAGCAAUGGCGACUUUGGAUCAUACAUGUUGCAGAACAUAAAACAUGUACACGUGCUGGACACUUCAUUAGAAUCAUCUACAGUUCUUCCAAUACAGUAAAUGUACAGUACACAUUCUCUUAAUGAAGUGGAACCUCCGUCUAAGAACUUGACCGGUUUUUGAACAGGGUUCGUAAAUAGAAAAGUUUGUAUAAUGAAGCAAAAUUCUCCAUAAGAAACAAUGUAACUAUGAAUAAUGGGUUCCAGCCUGGACAAAAGGCAUAUUUUAGUGAAGGUUUGUACACUUUGAACACAGUAUAAAGUGGUAUACAGUACUGUAUAUCGAACAAACAUAACAAGGAAGUGAUGGAUCAAUGUUCUCUUUAACAAGACAAAACAACAACAAGCCACACACUCACAGAAGUUCCUUUAGUGUCUUCACCAAAGAUCAGAAACCUCGAAAAUAAACAUUUAAAAACGUAAAACCCGCUUACAUUAACAUCGGCAAAGGAGGAGAUGACGAGAAAGGAGCGGACAGAGGGAGAGAAGGGUGGGAUCGGAAGUAAGGAGCCACCUGUGUGUGAGCGCUUGAAAAGGGCGCCGUCGAUUGAGAGGCAACUCUUUUCUCCCUCUGUGCAAUAAGUCUGCUUUGGCAUCCUUUUCCAGAAAUGUCUGGUCCCAUCACAAUUAAAACUUGCUGUGGUACAAAACCUGCUUCGC